AUGCAUGAAUUGAGCUCCAUGUCCGAUCUUCCCCCCCGUAACUAUUCAUCUAGGACUACCGCUGACCACCUAUGCAGAUACCCUUCAGAACAACCGAAAGACGACAUAGACACGGCUGAUAGUGCAUCCAUAUGCGAUGACGAUGCCGAGCAGGACAAGCUACUCUCUACUUCCAGUCGCAUCCCAGAAGAGGACGAGGAGGGACCUCGUUUGUACGAGUCAGCGCAGGAGAGCUUUGCAAAGGACCCGUUUAGACCGUUCCCUUUGCCCGGCUCCUCAGGCACCCGGAACGAGAAGAAGAUUCUGACCUUCCGAGCACUGCUUGUUGGGAUCUCCUGUGGUGCUUUGGUGAAUGCAUCGAACAUAUACCUUGGUCUCCGAGCUGGCUGGACCUCGUCAGCAAACAUAUUUGGCUCGAUUAUAGGGUUUGCAGUGCUCAAAUCAUGGUCUUCCUAUUUUGCGCCCUCGUCUUUACUAGGCGGUUUCUUCGGGCCACAGGAGAACAACAUUGUUCAAACCGCUGCUACGGCGGCUGGGGGGUUAUCGAGUGUGUUUGUCUCUGCCUUCCCAGCGAUGUAUCAGUUGAACUUGCUUGAUACCCCAUGGAGAGACUUCCUGCGUGUCACCGUGCUUACUGCAGCCGGUGGAUAUUUUGGCUUAUUCUUUGCAACGCCUCCACAUAUCAAAGUGCGCAAAUUCUUUAUUUUCCAAGUUGCUAAGGAGCUCAAUCUUGUUUUUCCAUCUUCUUCUGCGACCGCAAUCACGAUUUCCGGCAUGCAUCUUGCCGCUGGAGGAUCAUGGCUGGCUCGUCAGAAGAUGGUGGCUUUAGCGUUUGCUUUUGCAUUUGCACUGGUGCUUAGGGUUAUGUCUCAAUAUGCUCCUGGAAUUCUUUGGGACUGGCAUAUUUUCACUUGGCUUGCGCUUUCAGGGGUUUUACCUUCGACUAUGUUCGCCAUUCAGAGCUGGGGAUGGUUUAUAGAGUGGACACCGGCGUUUAUAGGUACUGGAAUGCUAGUUGAUAUGAACGUUGCAUUGUCUUUUGUUUUUGGAUCUGUAUUAGCAUGGGGUAUUGUCGGGCCAAUUAUUACAAAACACGGACUUGCAUUUGGUAAACCGGUUUCAGAAGAUAGUAAAUGGGAUGGAUUGGUGUCCUACAUCUCUUUUUCAAAGGAGUUCGCCAAUGCAACUCAUCCUAGCCCUAGAUAUUGGCUUCUAUGGCCUGGAGUUGCGUGUAUGAUAGUUGUUGGAUUCACAGAGCUCGCCUGUCAAUGGAGGGUUUUCUGGCUUACAGGAAUAGAAAUAUGCAAAGCCUGCAAGAACAUACUAUCACGGCUGCAAGAGAGCAGGCAUAAAUAUAAACAUCUUACUGAAGAAGACGAUCUUAGGACAAAUCAGGCUAUGGACGGAGGAAUUAAAACGUGGAUGUGGUUACCGGGACUUAUUGCUGUCCUUAUAUUGACCUGUGUGGUGAGCAAGCUGCAGUUCGAUAUCCCGGUUGCUUCUUCGAUUCUCUCACUGGUCCUGGCAUUCACCUUCUCAGUCAUUGCCAUCCAGUCAACUGGUGCAACAGGUAUAUAUUCACACCCCUAUACUACAUCAGAAGAAGGUACAAUGUGA